AUGGCCAAGCUAACAAUUCUGAUUGCUCUCUUCGUUACUGCAUUAGCUGCUAAACCGAGCUUAAUCCAAGGAGAAAUCUUAACUUCUGACUGGUCUGGGUGUGGAUGCGAAUGUGAUGAAAUUUAUGAUCAACCAGUUAAUAUUAGAGGAACCGUUAAAUUAGUUCAAGGUGCACAAGGAUGCCAAGGACCUGCUGGCCCAUGCGGACCUCAAGGCCCUCAAGGUCCACCUGGCCCACAAGGAGAUGAAGGAUGUGCAGGACCUCAAGGAGACCAAGGAGAUGAAGGAUGCCAAGGACCACAAGGACCAUGCGGACCUCAAGGCCCACCAGGACCUAAAGGAGAAACUGGAUGCCCAGGAAUUCAAGGUCCAAAAGGAUGCAAAGGCCCAACAGGAGAUAGAGGAUGCCCAGGAGUUGUUGUUAAUGCAUGCAAAUACUGUGAAUGCGAUGAGCACGCUGAGUAA